UUGCAUUUUCUGAUAACUACGAAGCAGAAUAAACUGAGCAAUGAACUUACUAACAAGAAGCUACAAAUAGUGACUGAUUUUGAUCAUACACUAACCAGGCACAACAUGGAUAAUGGCAAGACGGUUUUAACUAGUUUUGGAAUGUUUAGAGAAUGCCCCUCAAUUCCUCAGUGCUACAAAGAUGAAGAAAAUAGACUUGCUGCUAUAUACAAGCCAAUUGAAGUUGAUCCAGUGAUGAGUAUUGAGGAAAAAACGAAGCAUAUGGUGGACUGGUACCAGGCUGCUCAUAAACUAUUACAAGGUAUGAAAUUUCCGAAACAAGAACUAACCGAAGUUGGACACAAAAUGGUAGAAUGUUUUAGGACAGGAGUAAAUGAUUUAAUAUCAUGGAGUCAAGCGCAGCAAGUGCCCGUGUUGGUUUUCUCUGCGGGCCUCGGAGAAUCUGUCGUUGCUGCUAUGAGAGCUGCCAAUUUCCUGCUUCCCCAUGUUAAGGUCGUGUCGAAUUUCCUUGCAAUGGACGAAAGUGACACUAUAGUCGGCAUAAAAGGGGAUGUUAUACACACCUACAACAAAAAUGAAGCAGCUAUCAAGGACACCGAGUAUUAUGAAAUGGUCAAGGAGCGCCAAAAUGUGAUCCUAAUGGGGGACAAUAUUGGGGACGCUGGAAUGGCGGAAGGCAUGGAUCACUGUGAUGUGGUCAUAAAAAUUGGUUUCCUAGGUCGCAAUGCGGAGGCUAACCUCCAAAACUACCUCAAAAAAUUCGAUAUAGUGUUAGUCAAUGAUUCCACUAUGGAUGUACCCAAUGCUAUAUUGAAACUUGUGCUGUGA